GAAAACGAACAGCAGACGCAGCAGACCUUCCCGUGUCCAAGGCGGCCGCCACAGGCCAGGCGACGGCGCGGGAGCCCGCCGCCGACGACGAGAUGGGCGAGUUUGAGGACAGAUGGGAAGACGAGAUCGAGAGCGAAGAGGAGGUCGUCGAGCACGAUGCGGACGGCGAAGCAGAUGACGACUUUACGCCCGCCCAGGAAGACGCCGAGCCCCCUGCCGCGCCCACCCAGACGUACCUCCCCGGCACAGCCAUCGCCGAAGACGAGCAGCUCGUGCCCGACAACUCUGUCUACCUCGCCCUCCAUUCGCUCUCCUAUGCGUGGCCCUGCCUGUCGUUCGACGUCCUGCGCGAUAGCCUCGGCACAGACCGCGCGACGUACCCGCACACCUCGUGGAUCGUCACCGGCACGCAGGCCGGCGAAGUCCCCGGCGAGGGCAAGGCCAAGGACGAGGUCGUCAUCAUGCGCCUCGGCAACCUGUCCAAGACCCAGCACGACGACGACGAUGAUUCCGACGACGGGAAAGACGACGACGACGACGAGGCGGACGACGAAGAUGCCACCCUGGACUUUCUGACCAUCCCGCACGUCGGUUCGGUCAACCGUGUGCGUGCGGCCCCGGCUCCCGUAGGCGGCGCCGUGCCCGACCCGUACCACGUCGCCACCUUUUCCGAGACCGGCAAGGUCCAUAUCUUUGACGUCCGCCCUUAUAUCGACACCCUCGCCGGUCCCUCGCGCCCCCGUCAAAAGCUGCCAGUGCACACCAUCUCCAACCACGGCCGCGCAGAAGGUUUUGCCGUCGAGUGGGGAGCUACCGGCCUGCUGACGGGCGAUAUCGACCGCAAAAUCUACUUGACUACCCUCACACCCUCCGGCUUCACCACUUCCCCCAACCCUUACCUCAGCCACACCUCCAGCGUCGAGGAUCUUCAAUGGAGUCCUACUGAACCUACCGUCUUUGCCUCGGCUUCUGCAGACAGGACCGUCAGGGUCUGGGACGUGCGUGCAAAGGGAAGAAGGAGUGUCGUCAGCGUCGAGGCGCACAGCGAGGACGUCAAUGUCAUCAGCUGGAAUAAAACAGUCGACUACCUCUUGGUUUCUGGCGGUGAUGAGGGUGGAUUGAAAGUUUGGGAUUUGAGAAUGUUCAAAGACACACCAUCCCCCGUCGCUCAGUUCCAGUGGCAUACCGCACCCAUCACAUCCGUCGAAUGGCACCCGACCGACUCUUCCGUCUUUGCCGCCUCUGGCUCCGACGACCAACUCACCCUGUGGGACUUGUCCGUCGAGCCCGACGAGGACGAGGCGCCAAUCGGCCCCGCAGACGGGAACAUCACCGCCGUCCCACCCCAAUUGCUGUUCGUCCACCAGGGACAAAAGGAUGUCAAGGAGUUGCACUGGCACCCCCAGAUCCCGGGCAUGGUUAUCAGCACGGCGUCCGAUUCGUUUAAUGUCUUCAAGACUAUUUCUUGCUAGAGUUUUUUUUUUUUUUGCAGAUAUUCCAUGUGUAAGAAACUGAAAAUAAUGCAUGGUAUUCUUCAUAAAUACACUCUAUUGCCACAACAAC